AUGUCAAAACAUGACAGCUUGGAACCUGUAAGCAAGAGACAACGACGGGCACUCCUCACUCCUGGUGCACGCAAGAUAAUCGACGUUUCCCAACGUCGCACCAAGCCCCACUACGGUUAUCGCCAGCAAGCCUACAAAUUGAACCAAAUAUCUUGCCGACCAACACACCGUUCGCAAAUUGAAGUCUCUACACUCCACACGUAUGCCUCUGCAGUCCUCUCUAUGUUCUCCGCAGACGAUCGAAACGACAUUCGCACUUCCACGAUUUACCUGGAGUUUAUGAAAGCCCUCCGUUCUCAAACCAUCCAGCCCACGAAACACUGGACGUACAACAUUUCACCAGCAAUCGAGUCUCUUCUCACUCUGGGCCCAAAUAUCACCAUCACUGAGGAACAAUUAACCGUCAAGACCUGCUGGCUCUUAGCCAUGGCAGGCUUCCUUCGCCAUUCCGACCUGAGCUUGCCGACUUAUAUGCCACCAGAGAAGCGACGCAGCCAACGCAUCGUCAAGACUAUUACUACUCACCCACACUACAACCUCCUCCUGUAUCCUGUGACAGCUUUUGAAGCCUGCAAAUCCCGCAUCGCCUACUCUACUCGUAUUACGGAACAUCCGAUCUUUCCUAAUCAACAACUACAUCGAUUCUUUCGCUUCAUACAAGGCUACAGAAUUUCCAUUGGCGCCGAGCGCAUCUCUCACCGCAUCAAACAGAUUAUGGUCAGAGUGGCAAAACCGGCUCAAGCCCCUGUACUGAAGGCUCGUGGACUCGCUGCCACUCUUGCAGCACAAGCAGGUGUCUCAGUGGACAACAUAGUUGCUCAUGGCUUCUGGCCUUCCUGCGAUAUUUUUGAGCACUACUAUUGCCUGUCCUCCGCGACUUCUACAAAAUUUAGUGUAUCUUCUCUGGAUCAACAACCAAGAUUACGGCUUACCAAGUGUAAUGUUAUGUAAACACGAGUGUAUGAAGCGUUGAACACAUUGCACGAGUAAGUGAUCUUGGCUGUUCCCGCGUUCCUCGCCCCUUUCUUGUUACUGCUUUGUCUCUCGGGUCACUCAAGAAGAUGAAAACCAACAUUUUUUUAUUCAGUUGUUUUAUUGUAGUACAAAUUCGAAAAAUAGGGAAAAGAUUGAUAAUAACCAAGAUCACGUCUUACUC